AUGCGCCUAUCGUCAGGCCUCCUCCUGGCCAGCGCCUCCAGUGCGUUUGGCCAAUUUACCCAGUUUACUAGAUUUACAAACACCAGCACCUCUGCUGUCGAGACCUCAACCUCUCUAACUGAGUUUGAGACUUCUUCUGUCCCACCUACCGCGAGCAUAGAAACCACUCCCACCAGUGUCGAGAGCACAGCUUCAUCUUCAGCACCAGCCUUUGCACCAAUUGUGCUCAAUCUCAAAGACGCCAUCUUGGGCCCUGGUGCUUCAUUCUACCCGCCACCAGACGGCGAUACGAUUCUCAUGUCUCCUGUGGCUAGUGACUCUGUCCUCAGGCGUCGCGCUGGUCCUGUUCCUUUUCCGGUUAUCGCCCCCUUGGUUCUGCCCAAUAAUGCAGUUUCCACUUUUAAACAACAAAUCUCUUCAGCCAUAGCGUCUGCUUUAAGCAUCGGCGUCUACAGGAUCCCGAUAACUAAUGUCUCGUGCGGUGGCGCAAUCGUUUGCCCCAGUGGAUCCAGGAAGCGGGCCGAAAGUAGCCCUUGUGCUUUCCAAGUUAUCGCCAAUGGUGAGGUUAUCCAGAUUCAACCUAUCCCCAAAAGCUUUAGCGGCAGUAUUGAAAUAUCUACCAACCCUUUCGUUCUGCAACUAGAGAACGAAUUGAAGCUCCAACAAUCUUGCGGCGAUGUGAUCGUCCCUGUAGUCAUUGAAGCGGUCACGCUCCAAGAUGCUCAGGGUGUAACUCCAACUCCUAUCCCUACACCCAGUGUCGGUGUUCCUACAGGUAGUGAGACUGGGUCUUCGAGCGAAACCAGCGGCGCAGAGUUUACUACCAACUCCGAAGGCGAGACCAUCUUCCCUACCGAUACUACUACUAAAACCAACAGUCAAGGCUUCACGACCAACUCGAACGGCGAAACUAUCUUCCCUACUGGAACUGUUAUCGCUACAAACUCGGAAGGGGCCACUACUAACUCAGACGGUGAGACUGUCUUCCCAACUGAAACUGUUACUGGUGUCAACACCAACUCUGAGGGUGCCACAACCAACUCGGAGGGAGAGACUGUCUUCCCUACUGGCACUUCUACUGGUACAGUUUCUUCUGCCUCUUCAACUUCUACUUCGAUUGCUGCUGGUUUUCCUGGUGAUGUCGGCGGUUUCAGUCUCUUCGGAUGCGCAGGAUCUACCGCUGGAUUCCCUACCUAUACCCUUGCCGAGUCCGGCUCAUUGAUGGGUCUAAAUCUAUGUGCUAGCCUUUGUGAAGGGCGUGCUCAUUUUGGUGUUCAUGAUACUGCUUGUUACUGCGGCGAUGUUUAUGACUUUGACAGUACUGUCUUUUACAACUUGGACCAAUGCGAUAUCGAGUGUCCUGGAGACAAGAGCCAAUUCUGUGGAGGUGAAGUCGCGAACAAGCUUCGAGCCCGCCAGGUCGUCGCUAGCAAUAUCCUCCUCACACUUUACGCUAGAGCCAAAGCUGUUGUCUCUCUUACUGAGUCUGUCGCCCAAACGGUAACAAAGCAGGAGACCAUUGUUACCACUUUCACCACUGUCGUUAGUGGUGAAAGCAUAGCCACUGAGGUCGUCACAGCCACUCUGGUAUGCGUUGGUGGGAGAUGCCAUUCAGGCAACUCAAACAACGUUGCCGUCUACAUCUUCAUCGAGGUGAAUGGCAGUGAUUGCGACGGUCAAUGGGUUUAUAUCUCUGAGCCCUGCCCUGGUGGUCAACAGUACGUCCCCUAUUCCUGCUCAGACGGCAAAUGCGCCGGCAUCAAAAUUUACAAGCCUCAACCAUGCCCGGAUUGGUAUAAUUACAAGUCUUAUUAUGCUCCAUCCGAUUGUAGCAAAUGUGCUCAAGGAAAGAUAAGCUAUCAGCCUUGGGAGAAGUCAUGGGGUACGCCUGAUAAUUGCAACGGCCAAGUCCCUGUCUGCAACACACUGGAAUGUCCUUCUCAACAGGGCUUUGUAAGACCUCACCCCGGUAUCAGCUGGAACUCCACUAUUCCUCACGGGGGCUCCGGAGGUGUCUAUAAUCCCAGCCCCAAUGGCGGUUCUAAUGGGGGUUCAAGCGGCGGGUCCAGUGGAGGCAACGGCGGUAGUUCGAAUGGAGGUUCCAGCUCUGGUUCUCGAGGAGACACAGGUUCCGGCUCCCCAGGUUCUGAAGGCUCUUCCCCCAGCACUGUACCUGUUGUCAGUAGUGCUAUCAAGCAGGUCUCAGGUGUAUUUUCUCUUCUUGUCGGACUUUUAGCCCUUCUCUAA